AUGGUGAGAGGUGGAAGGUUCUUCGGCGGAGAAGUUUUCAAUCCGAAGUUCAUCUGUAUGCAGAUAUUGGCCCUGCAGGUCGCUUGUACUGAGCAAUAUUGUGGAGCGUGCGAAGAAAUGCCUCGACUUCGUAGGAACAUACCACGUGUGGCAUUUGGCCUCGACGUGGGUAGAGAUGGGCCGUCUGCCGGCUCGGUAUAUCUAUGCAUGCAGCUGGUGACUCGUGAGAUCUCACUAGGAGGAGGCAACGCAGUGUUGGAGCGGGGAGAAGUUGGCAAGUCGAAACGCACUGAAGAUGAACCUCCAGCAGAGGUGGACUAUAUUUAA